GUAGCUGCGAGGACGAUGUGGACCAGCUGCCAGGAUGAUUGGAGUGUAAAGCUUCACGACUUCUCUGCUGCUUGCAUUCAACGUGCUGUGCUCAACUACUGGUCGAGAAGGAGACUCGUGCUGCUUCGUCAUCGCAAACUGUCCCUGAUCCAGCAUCACUCAGCAAUCGACAUCCAGCGAGUCUUCGCUGGCCAUCUCGCUCGAAACCUAGUCCGCGCAAGAAUCUGCUUCCUCGACCUCCAGCAGCGGCUGGCGAGCAGCAAGGACCAGCUUGCCGUCCGCCUUCAGUGCUGCGUCCGCUCCUGGCAAGCAAGGAGGAACGUUAUCCGCCGAGUUUUCUGGCGGGACAGCGCCAUGGCGGCCGUUAUGAUCCAGUCGGCCGCUCGCUCAUGGCGCGCGCGCUCUGAGUUCAACGAGCAUGCGAUGGAUGUGAUGGGGAGGAGGAGAUGCUGUUCUGCCCUCGUCCUGCAGGCCUGGAGCUUCUCCAACCCCUUUGCACGCCAGCGACCCAUCGCCAGGUAUUGGAAGAAAGAGCGCGAGCGGGCAGCCGAGCGACUCGUGGGCACCUGCAAGAUGCACCUGGCGAGGAGGAGGAUGAGGGAGAGGAGAGACGAGGUGCUGAGCAGAGCAGGAGCGCUCCUGCUGCAAGCUGUCUUCCGCGGCCACGUCGGCCGGUCAACAUUCGCCAAAGUCUUGAAGAAGGAGCAGAGAAAGGAGAUGCAGCGAGCCGCUCUGAAAAUCCAGUGUGUCGUGCGAUGCUGGAGAGCGCGAGAAGGGCUGAAGCGGCAGAAGAUGUUCUGGAUGGAGGCAGGUCGGCUGCGGAGGGCGAGGGAGUUGAUCAUCCGAUCCAAUGCCGCCAAGAGGAUACAGGCAGCGACCCGCAUGUGGAUACAGAGACACGUCGCUCUCCCUCCCCUGCUAGCUCAGCGGGAGCUGGACGCUGCUGCCGUGCUCGUGCGAGUGUACCGGGGGCACACGGGGAGGAGAGACUGCAAGGGGAGGAGGACGGAGAGGAGGCUGGAAGCUGUUCGUAUCCUCCAGUGCGCCUACCGCGAGCAUCUGGCGAGGCUGAUGCUCAGGACAGCCAUCGACCUGUCGUCCAAGAUCCCCGUGCUCAAAGAGCAAAGGAGAAGGCUUCAGGCCGCCGUCUGCAUCCAGCAUGCUUACUUCGCACACGUGGCUCGCCUCAUGUUUGUUGAGCGAGCAGGAGACAUCCUGAUCUCUCACGCGAGGAUGCGGCGGCUGCAGUCGAUCUACAGGAGGCAGCAGGCAGCCUUGUCCAUCGCUCAGAGGGCAGGGGGCAGGAUGCGGCAAGAGCUCCUGCGCCGCGUCGUUGCUGCCAACUUGCUGCGGGCGCAAGUGAAACGAUCGCUGAUCGUGCCCAAGUUCAGGAUGC